GUGAACAGCCCUACCCAACAAUCCUACCUAAACUGCUGCAGGCUUCCCAGUUCCAUCACCAUUAAAUGUUGUCUGCGAACCCAGCAUUGAUGGAGGGGAGAAAUCUAGGAGAAAUUGGCUGUUGCUAUGGCGAUGGAGAUGACGUUAAGCUUCUAGCGGCUUCGGAUGAUAAUCAAAACUUAGCUUUACCAGACAAGGCUCACUCUUACUCACCGCCAUUGAAGAAGAUGCUAUGUCAAAAACUAUCAUCAGGCUCAACAUCUAGGAGUCAAGCUUCAUCAUCUGUUGUGGAGAAUUUUGGUGAUGCUGGUGAGUUGUAUGCUGAGCUGCAGAGAGAAAGGCAAAAGAAUGCAAUGCUUUUAGGCAUACUUUCAGGCUCAGCCCUGAAAAAAAAUGCUCAAUUUCUCGACACAAACAAUCAACAAGUAGUGGAAGAAGACUCUGGGCAAACAUCUUUCGAUUGUGAUGAGCAGCCAAUAAAAAGCCCUGAAAACGAAUCUGGAGCUGAGUUUGAUGAUGAUGAAAGAUAUGAGACGCUUCAUAUAUAUUCACCUGAAAUUUGUAAUUUAAGAGCAUAUGAUUAUCUUGAGGAUGGCAGGAAGGUGAGUGUUAACAUGGAACUUUUUGCUAAGCUUGUCACCAGUAUUUUCAAGAUCCAGUUUCUUGUUCUUCUUUGAGUUUUGAAUUAUUGCUAGUUAUAUCUCUGUUAUGUGAUAAAUACAAUUAUCAUACUAACUCCAUUUCAGAAAACUGGUCCCACUUUUGUUUAUGGGUUGCUUCAAAUUACUGGUCCACCUUUUGGAAAAGUACCACCAUAAAGCUACAGCCUCACCCCACAUUUUUGUUUAUCUCAGCCCACUUUUCUUAAGGCUCUCACCAUUCAUUUUCCAUUUUAAUAAGACUCCACAACCUAACAGUGUACCGAUUCGGAAUCGACACAAACUUGAAAUUCACUAGAACGAAAGACUUUGAAGUCUCAAGCCCUGUACAAGUAUAGGUUAUUUAAGGCUUGAUGUAAUAUAUUAGCGUAUUACCCUACGGACCAACAUGACCUUAAAAAGAAUUAAAGAAUAAAGUUAAAUGCCGGAGAAAAGCUUAUUCUUGGCUAGGCCUUUUUGCUAUUUACGAAAAAAGCUGUUAUAGGUCCGAUCUUGCUCUGGGACCAAGGGGAAAACAUCCGAUUAGGUGAAAGCCUACUUAUAUCUUUUUUCUUUUUAUAUCUUUCUCUUCAGCGACAUCAGACUCGUCAAUCGUCCGAUUCACCCGACCGGGAAACAUAUUUCGUUCCACCUCACAGUGAAGAGUAACGGAACAAAUUAAACAUUCAUUAGAUCUAGCUAGCAGUACAACUGCUUUUUAUACCUUGUAGAUUGGUGAUGUGAUACUGUGCUGGUCCUCAUUUUAAUGACCAUUUUUAACUAAGCGGGGGUGAAGUAGUAAAACAAUACAAAUAAAUAUGAUGAAUUCAGGGUGUAAACCUUGCUCAUAAGAAUUUUUGAAAUGAAAAAUAAAGGCCGAAUAAUUGAUUUUACGUUUU